AUGGGUGGAGGUAACAAUGGAUUGAGUUUCGUUAUAGUUUUUGAGAUGAGUGUGCUUCAUUCUGAUCUUUAUGUCACUCAUCGAUCAAUUGCCCCAUGUCUCAUUAUCUAUGAUGUUGAAAUAGAGCUGGAAUCGGUUGGAUUUGAUGUCUUUCAUGAAGCAAAUAGAGAGACAGCUGCACCGGGAUCAACUCCCAUUGGAUGA